AUGGAUGAUCUACUUCUCCGAGGCCAUAGCUGCCUGCACUGCCAGAAGCUCAAGCUCUGCGAAGCACCAGAAGAAAUCUUCAUAGAUACAAACUUGGACUUGAUUAAGUACUCCAGGUCCUCCCCUUCUCAAAUAAGAUUCACUGGUGUACAUCUCGACGAUCUACAAGAAGGUACGCGCAAUGGCUGCAGCCUGGGGAAGUAUCUCUCUUUACAGCUUCAAAAGGGAUACCCAGAAAAGUUAAGCCCGCAUGAUUUGAAACUAUACACUGACGGUUGGCGUUUCCAUGGUCUGAUACCACUGGAGAAGACCCUCCCAAGUGACCGAAAGGUUGAAUUCCCAAUGGAAGACCAAUAUGUUCAUGCUCCAGCACAUAAGGGAAAGUAUGGAGAGUUCCUGUCUUACAAAAUCACGACGGAUGAAGAUGUUGAAUGGACUGGAAAACAAAAUCUUUUGACUCGAAAGCCGAUAAUUCACGAUCCCCUAUCAGAUACGACGGCGGCCGCUAUUCGCGAGUGGAAGGAUAGAUGCGACUUCAGACAAUCCGAGACCCAUACAAUCUGCUCCCGUCCAAGCCCAAAAUUCCUCCCAACUCGACUCCUCGAGAUUAUCAGAGCGGAUGAGGACCAGAAGCCUGUUGUGAGGCUUGUUGAUGGAAAGCCGCUAAGCGAAGACAUCGAAUACACAGCUCUGAGUUAUUGCUGGGGAGGGGAGUUGAAGAACUCUCUGAAAGAAAGCAAUAAAGCCUCAUACCGGACCGAAAUACCUUGGGAUGACAUUUCCAAAACGAUUCAAGAUGCUAUUGUGACAUCACACAAGCUUAAGAUCGGUUUCAUCUGGGUAGAUUCACUCUGCAUCAUUCAAGACAGCAAACGAGCCGAUAAAGAAAUUGAGAUUGGCCAAAUGACAGAGGUCUAUACCCAUGCUGCGUUAACUAUUGCUGCCAGAAGAUCUUCGGAUGCUCAUACCGGCUUCCUUCACCCAAGAUCAGUUCCCUCUGGAACGACCAUCGUGGAUUUCCGUGGCGACGAUGGUAAAACAAGGCAUUGCACAUUGACGUUUGAGGAAGCAGCCAAAGCUGAAGACGAAACUUUCUUGGACACGCGAGGCUGGACACUGCAGGAAUACCUACUGUCUCGCCGACUGUUAAUCAUCGGAUCAUGGACAACUACGUGGUCUUGUCGCAAAGAGCGCAAGGGCAACAGUGAUGGAUGGAGGUUGGAUAGACAACAAGGUGACCCGUUCCAAUAUGAUUCAACCUGGAGUUCGAAUCGCAACACAGUACUUGAAGGAACGCAGCGUCUCGAUGCUAUUGCUUUUUUUGGUACUCAUCCCAACUGCGACUAUCCAAGGCCUGCAGACCAUCUCAUUAAGUGGGAGUGGGAUGGGCUGGUUCAGCUAUACACCGGACGAAACCUCACAAACAAGACUGACAGGAUCCUCGCCAUAUCAGGCCUGGCCCAGAUUUUCAGCCCCAUGCGUGGAGGAGAAUAUGCCGCUGGGUUAUGGGUGAAAGACAUGCCUGAGACGCUUCUUUGGGAAAACCGUUCUAAAGCUUUACAUCCAAGACCAAACUACCAAGGACCAUCCUGGUCUUGGACAGCUAUUAACGGCAGUAUUACAUGGGGAGCUGGCCUUGGAAAAGAUGUUUUAUCAGUGGACUCUAUUGAAUGUGAGCUCGAUCAGCCAGGAGCUCCCUUUGGGUCUGUCAAACGCGGUGUUCUUCGUGCCACGGGGCCUGCCUUGGACCUCGAGUGGAAAUGUAGCAGGAGUACAUCCGAUUGGAAGAAUCCCGGAAGACACCAUCUGAGGUACUUGACGGCCGAUAGGGGGUAUAUCAACGCUCAUAUCGAGUUUCGACCCGAUGCAGAAGAGCCUGAUUCGGACUGGGCUCCUGUAACAUUACUUGCUGUCAAGGUUCACGACUGCACUACGGGGAUAGUCUUGAGAAAGCAGAACGGCAAUGAAUUCUCAAGAUUGGGUUUCUUCGAUGCACGGCUUCCGGGGGAUCAAUGUCACAUAUACUGCCAAUUGCCUCUGGUCAGAGACUGGAGUAGCAGAACUUUUACUAUUGUAUAG